UAACACUGGCAUUACCACAGGAAAGGACGGAGCAGCCUGUCCAACUCUGGGGGACCUAUAUUACGUCAGACGAGGGCCCCGGAAUGAGCAGAACAAUAUUUUUUGAGGUCGAAAUUCUGGACUCAAAAACCAAAGAACAGCUCUGUUUUCUUGACAAGGUUGAACCCCAUUCAAGCGUAGGUGAAAUUAAGAGUUUGUUUCAUAAGUCAUAUCCCAAAUGGUAUCCAGCUAGACAAGACCUGAGGCUGGACCCCAAAGGUAAAGCACUGAGAGAUGAUGAUGUGCUACAGAAUCUGCCUGUUGGGACCUCAGCGACCUUGUAUUUCAGAGAUCUUGGCCCACAGCUGGGAUGGACGAUGGUUUUUCUCGCAGAGUACAUGGGUCCCCUUCUGAUAUAUCUCCUCUUCUAUGCCCGCGUCCCGUACAUCUAUAACCACAAAUACACCUUCACCUCCAGCUCUCAUCAUGUGGUCAAUCUGGCUUGUGCUUGUCACUCUUUCCACUAUAUCAAGAGGCUUUUUGAAACAAUCUUUGUGCAUCGAUUUUCUAAUGGCACAAUGCCUCUCAGAGCCAUUAUAAGGAAUUGUGCUUAUUACUGGGGUUUUGCAGCUUGGCUUGCAUACUACAUUAACCAUCCUCUCUACACACCACCAUCAUAUGGAGAAACACAAGUCAACUAUGCACUAAUUAUCUUUGUGAUAUGUGAGGCAGGAAAUUUUUCCAUUCACUGGUCACUGAACAGUUUAAAGUGUGAAGGUGCAAAAUGUUGGAGGUUCCCACAUCCAUCUAAAAACCCUUUUACGUGGCUCUUUUACUUUGUAUCAUGUCCCAACUACACAUAUGAGGUGGGUGUUUGGGUAGGCCUGUCCAUCAUGACCCAAUGCGUGCCAGUGGCUCUCUUCACAUUUGUAGGCUUUGUUCAAAUGACCAUCUGGGCCAAAGGAAAACACAAAACUUACACCCAAGAGUUUAAGGACUAUCCAAAUCUACGCAUGUCAAUCCUCCCUUUCGUCCUCUGAUAUUCAUAUAAACCAAUUUCAGGUCAAAAUCCAGAGAUAUUAUGAUUUCAGCGGAGGGAAGUAGGACACAUCUGAACAGCUGCAUGUAAAUGAGGCUGAUUUAUGACACCCUCUGAGAAGGAUUAUAACAUUAAAUCCGCUUUUCAACAAUAUCUGACGGUUAUCAUGCAAGAUGAUGUUGAACAUUGUUGUAUGUACAAUGGUAUGCCACUUGGGAAUUUAAAUAAGCAGAUUUGUAGGAAUUUGUGUUGACGACAUAUUUUUGUUGCUUAAUUCAUUUCCACAACUACCCAUGUGCAAAAACCUCUGAAAUCCAACUACUUCAGUAUGAGUACUUCAGCAGAGUUUUUCUUAAACAGAGGAAGACACUGAGCUACAUUCAAAUUUUAGGGUCAAAUAAAAAUAAUUUUAUUUAUUUGUUAAUUUUUAAUCUAAUUGUCUGGUUCAAUUGGUUAUAAAAUCUAGCAUUUAAUAAAUAUUUCUACACUGUAUUGCUAAUAUUAUCGUAUUCGUUCUUGACAAGGUGGACAGUGAGCAAUAAAAUUUUAAUAGUAUUAUUUUUACAAGAAAGAAAGAACAAAAAAAAUCAACUUUGUACAAUUCCUUGCUACAAGCAAUUUCUAGUCAGCAAAUUAAAAAACUGAACAAACAUGUAACAUUUUGUUAAUUACAACAUUUGUUUGCUUAAUAUUUUCUAACUUGGCAAGAAUUAUUAAAGCCGUGACUUGCAAUGCAUCACAAUGCAAUAUGCAUUUCAAUAGCAAUAGCCUUUGCAAUAAUAUCUAUUGCAUCAUUUGAUUUGUUUUUAAGACAAAAUUCUUUGUAAAAAAAAGUGGCAUUGACAUAAUAAAGUGCUACAGUAUUCAUAAGACUACCUCAGUCCAGUUCUGUCUGUAUUUUGUUGUGGUUUGGUUGCAUUUCUAUAAAAAAAAAGGCCAAGCAAAAGAGGUGUGCAAAGCCGUUACUGCAUAAAUGCACAGAAGUCUCAAAAUGAGUGUUCUGUAAAGAAGAAAAAAUCAUCUGCUCUUCCUUUAUGACUCUUUUGAGUGCCCUGCCGGAUGACUCCAAUUGACCUGCUCAAAUGACCCUC